AUGGCUGAAAAGCCAUUCAUUGUAUUCGUUCUGGGACCACCAGCAUCGGGAAAAGGAACGCUAUGCAAACGCCUCGCAGACGCCCACAAACAGUACCUUUAUCACCUAUCUGUUGGGGACUAUCUUCGCUACCUGAUCAAUGGCCCCUUGAGCGAUCAAGCCGACAUCAUUGAUUCAGUAAGGUCUGGUGGUACACGAGGCUUAGUGCGCGGGGAUGUCAUCGUUUCCCUUUUGUUGGAUAAGAUCAAUGAGGAGAUGGGUAAAGGCAAAUCGGUCUUUCUCCUCGAUGGGUUCCCUCGAAAUCUGGAGCAGGACGAGGCGUUCAAAGCGUUGAUGAAUACCGAAUUCAAUCGCGGCACACCUGACCUGACGAUUUCAAUAUCGUGUCCAAGGGAGACCGCCAGAGCAAGGUAUCUCAAUCGAAAAAGAGGUGAUGAUAGUGAAGAACUGUUUGAUAAGAGGUAUUCCGAUUACGAAGGGCGGGAUAGGAAGGUUGUAGAGCUGUAUCAGAAGAACUUAGUCGAGGUUAGGGCUGUUGAAGGCCGGAGCAUUGACCAAUCAUUUCAGGAGAUGACUGAGGCUUUGUAUAGGACCCCAGCAUGGAAGGCCAUGAUGUCAAAGGCGUAA